AUUUGAUUGGCCGUCAGUAUGCUCACGAAAUCGGGCGCGCUUGGACACUAGGAGUGAAAGGGAUAUAUCACUGUUUAUUGGGAGUUUUCCCCAGCGAAAGAAAGAGAGAGGGAGACGAAAAGGUUUAGUAGAAAAUGAAUUUUCUGGACAAUGUGAGACAUCGUCUGAUUUCCGGGUUUAUAUUUGUUGGAUGUGCAGUUAUAUGUUGCCAAUGUAGCUGUGUUCAAACCAGCCAUUUAUGGGAAGCUCCGACUUGUGAGAAUGCUGUUCAAAAUAUCGAUGACGCUGUCUUCCGACUUGUCCCGAAGAGACAAUUUUUGUCAUCGGCAAACAUCGGCUGCACUCGGCACUCGAUCGUCGUGUGUCGAAUUCCCGAUUGUCUGCCAGACCCUUGUUUCCAUGGAAACUGCAUGGAGACGCUGGAAGGCUUUUCAUGCCGCUGUCAAAAUGAUUGGACCGGGGACCUAUGUGAUAUUGAAGUGCCUACACCAAUAACAGAGGUUACAAACCUGACGACCACACCGGAAGUAGGCCUAUCUACUUUGACCCCACGCGAUCGGGAAGAAACCUCAAGUCAGUUCACAAUGACAAUUGAUAGAGUAGUAGAAGGGAGUGGUGCAUCCAAAGCGAGCCUGGUCACAACUGCAGCAGAAGCCACUGUUUAUCGAGGAGAAGUUGGUGCCUCUGUGAGUCCUCAAGAGGACCUUCCAACAACCGCUGCAGUAACGAACGAUGCCAUUGACCCGUCCACAACCAAGUCCGUUGACGGAGCUGACCCAGGUGAGACUACAACCUCGGAAGCAGUGACCUCACAGGAAACGUCUUCACCUCCAUCAUCACCACGUUCUACCAGUGAUGUUAUCACCACGACCGCAUCCCAGAAGUCCGAGAAUUGUUCGCUGGAUUCAGAAGUGCCUACGCCAAUAACAAAGGUUACAAACCUGUCGACCAAACCGGAAGUAAGCCUAUCUACUUUGACCCCACGCGGUCGGGAAGAAAACUCAAGUCAGUUCACAAUGACAAUUGAUAGAGUAGAAGCAGGGAGUGGUGCAUCCGAAGCGAGCCUGGUCACAACUGCAGCAGAAGCCACUGUUUAUCGAGGAGAAGUUGGUGCCUCUGCGAGUCCUCAAGAGUCCUCAUCCCUUGCAACAACCGCUGCAGUAACGAACGAUGCCAUUGUCCCGUCCACAACCGAGUCCGUUGACGGAGCUGACCCAGGUGAGACUACAACCUCGGAAGCAGUGACCUCACAGGAAACGUCUGCACCUCCAUCAUCACCACCUUCUACCAGUGAUGUUAUCACCACGACCGCAUCCCAGAAGUCCGAGAAUUGUUCGCUGGAUUCAGUUCAUACACCAAUAACAGAGGUUACAAACCUGUCGACCACACCGGAAGUAAGCCUAUCUACUUUGACACCACGCGAUCGGGAAGAAAACUCAAGUCAGUUCACAAUGACAAUUGAUAGAGUAGAAGAAGGGAGUGGUGCAUCCGAAGCGAGCCUGGUCACAACUGCAGCAGAAGCCACUGUUUAUCGAGGAGAAGUUGGUGCCUCUGCGAGUCCUCAAGAGUCCUCAUCCCUUGCAACAACCGCUGCAGUAACGAACGAUGCCAUUGUCCCGUCCACAACCGAGUCCGUUGACGGAGCUGACCCAGGUGAGACUACAACCUCGGAAGCAGUGACCUCACAGGAAACGUCUGCACCUCCAUCAUCACCACCUUCUACCAGUGAUGUUAUCACCACGACCGCAUCCCAGAAGUCCGAGAAUUGUUCGCUGGAUUCAGAAGUUCAUACACCAAUAACAGAGGUUACAAACCUGUCGACCACACCGGAAGUAAGCCUAUCUACUUUGACACCACGCGAUCGGGAAGAAAACUCAAGUCAGUUCACAAUGACAACUGAUAGAGUAGAAGAAGGGAGUGGUGCAUCCGAAGCGAGCCUGGUCACAACUGCAGCAGAAGCCACUGUUUAUCGAGGAGAAGUUGGUGCCUCUGUGAGUCCUCAAGAGGACCUUGCAACAACCGCUGCAGUAACGAACGAUGGCAUUGACCCGUCCACAACCGAGUCCGUUGACGGAGCUGACCCAGGUGAGACUACAACCUCGGAAGCAGUGGCCUCACAGGAAACGUCUUCACCUCCAUCAUCUCCACCUUCUACCAGUGAUGUUAUCACCACGACCGCAUCCCAGAAGUCCGAGAGUUGUUCGCUGGAUUCAGUUUCAUCUUGCCCCACGGGAUGGAUCACAGAAAGUGGUGAGAUCAAUAAAUGCUACAAACUGAUCGAGACGAAAGCAAUCAGCUGGGCAGCCUCGAGUCUGGCUUGCUGCGAGCUCUCCUCCUCACUGCUCGUCAUCGAUUCCUCCGACGAAGUCGAAUUCAUCGAAGAAAACUUUGGCUCCGAGGGUAAUGUCGAUACGUGGUUGGGAUGCCUCGAGAGCGACAAUGGUCUGUGGUCGUGUACGAAUUCGGCUUCCACAUGGGUUCGUGACGGGGAUCAGUCUGGCUAUUGGCACUGGGGAGAAGGUUGGCCAGAGGAAGACACCACCGGUCGCCGCUGUGUUUUUAUCGAACUCUCUGAUGACCAUGACUCGGACUGGAAAGAUACAGACUGCAACGCGUCCUACCGAGCGAUAUGUCAGAAGGUCCUCUCACCAGCUCUAACAUCCAAGGAUAGGAAAGGAUAAAAAGAAUAUAAUGAUGGCAAAGAUGAAGAUGACUGAGCUUAGAAUCUUCUUUGGAUAAUCAGUUAAAGUAAUCUAAAAAAUUCAAGUAUAUUCGGUGUCUGGAGUUAGAUAUUUCAGGCCUGAUAUCAAAUCUAAAAUCAUUAUAUUCACACAAGUGUAAAAAUUAAGCAUAUGCGUUGAAUAGAAUUGUGAAUAGAACUGAAUCGAAUCAUAUGUUUCUUGAAGUAUAUUUUAUCUUACCUAUUACAAUUUUGUUUUUCUACAUUAUAUUAUACUUGAGAAAUACAUUUGGGCAAAUUAUAUUGUUCCCUUUUGUAAUCCCUAUACUUAAGAACAUUUUACUUUUCGUUCUGGGCACAGUGGACUAGCAUCGAAAUGAUGUAAAUUCGUUAAAGUGUUUUAUCUGUUAAAAUUAUUCAAAAAUCACAAUAAUCGAUCCGAAUAUGGUUCAGAAAAUAACCAAAGUCAUAGAUUAUCAUGCAUUUGUCGUAUUCUUUUUUUUUUUUUUUUUUUACACAUACUGUAUCUUUACCAGGAUAACCGAGAACAUGAAUCAUCUUUGUUCUUUUGAAACAAGAUAUUUUACCUGCUGAUAAAAAUAAGCACAAAACCAGACUCGAUUCUACUUUUAUUCCACAAUAAAAUUCUAUUUCAAAUAGCAACAUGAAAUUAUAUACGUGUCUUAUUUUUGUAAAAAUUAGGUACUUUCUAUUUUGUUACUUUGGUUACAUUUUGUCUUUCGUCUUCUUAUUGUCAUAACAUAAUUGCAUUUUUUUAUUGAAAUCGUUGAAAAAGCAGAUCAUCAAUCUAAAUUUGUAACAAUCAAAUUAAGUUGGAUGAAAAGUUAAAAGAAGAUGUCUUAAUAUUAGUCUUUGGUUCAUAACUCUGAAGGGAUAUCCGUAUCAAACAAAUUAUUCGAAUGUAUUUCUUUACUUUAGCAUAUAAGAAUUUGGUAUUAAAAAAAAAAAAAAUACAGAAUUAGGUUUACUUGGCAAGGUGGCUUCAGCAAGAUUGUUAUAAAUUGUCUCAUAUUUAUACGCGUCUUAAUAUACCACAAACUCGAA